CGAGCCGAGCGAUAGAGCGGCGGGGAGAGAGCGGGGAAUUUCAGACGGCGUAGAGCUGCGCAGCAGAGCAGGGAGUGCUCAGCUCGUGUGUCCUCGGCGCUCGGCAGUACGCGCCGCGCUGCCUUGCCGGCAACCAGUCCACGACGCAGCUCUCCGACAUCGCACACACUCGCACACGUCCCCUCUUUUCUCUGUCAGUCUCUCUUUCUCUUCCUUUCUCCCUCCGUUUUAGUAUACAACUCGCACACACUCGGUCUGUUAACUCUUUCUUUCACUCCGUCUCUCUCUCUCGCGCGCGCGCGCGCCCGGGUGUUGCAAUAUAGGAGAACACUUAUAGAGACACGGAGAGAGAGAGAGAGAGAGAGAGAGCGAGGGUGCGUUGUACAUAGACAUAUAAAAAUAAUCCUCGCGGCGGAGUGUGUCUCUCUCACCUGUGUGUCUCUCUCCGGAGAGGAAGAUAUCACGAGUGUGCGAAGAAGGAGCCAACGUAGUCGUCGUAUACACUCAACCAGCCAGAGCGAGAAAGAGAGAGAGAGAGAGAGAGAAGAGUAGGAGGAGGGAGAAGGAGCGCGGAAAAUUCCAAAGUUGGCGCGCUAUCGUCUCUCGCGAGCGAGCGAGCGAGCCUCUCUCUCGCGCGUGUGUCUCUCUGUGUGAGUGCGCGUGUGCUCGUUUCUCUUCGAGCGAUAUCAGCAGCAGCAGCAGUGGUAGUAGCAGCACGGCUGGACGUACAGAGAUCUCUCCUCCGUCGUCCGCGUUGCAGCAGCAGCAGCAUCAUCAUCGUCAACAAUAACAACAAGUGCUGCGUGUGCUCCGCUGCCGACACGUGAUUCUCUCCGCGCAGCGUGUAAAUAGUCGGCCCUCCCCUCUACCCAGCAGCGCUGCGUAGAGUCCGAGAGUGUGCCUUGUACCGCGCGAGUGAGUGUGCGUGUUAUAUACUCGGCUGCAGAGAGGCGGAGUAGCUCGAAGAGAGCCGCAGCAGCAGUAGUCGUCUACUCUAGCCUCCUCAAGGACAGCACGUGGCCUCCCCUCGCGCGCGCGCGCCGCCGCCGCCGCUGUCCGCGAGUAGUCGUCGUCGUCGUCGUCGUCGUCGUCGUCGUCGUCGUCGUCGCGAUUAGCCGAUUACGAUAAUAUACAGAAAUAGAGAGGAGUGUGUGUGUGUGCGUGUGCGAGCGCGCAUGUACAUCGCUAUCGCACACAUGUGUGCGCAGUACCGUCGCCGUUGCAGCAGCUCCUGCAGUUGAAGAGAACAGCCGUGUGUGCAGUGCAGUGCGAUUAUGGACUGCGAGUGUGUCUAGCAACCCCCGACAACGUCGACGAUAACAGCGUGUUUGUAUACACAGAGCAGCAGCAGCUAUAUACACUCUAAAUCGCAGAGUAAGCGGCUAUAAGUAGAAGAGUAAAAGUCGCGAGUAAAAAUCACGCAUCGAGAUGGACUUUGCGGAGAGCAGCGCGAUGAUGGACUCGAUGGGCGGAGGCUACGAUCUGGACAGCGGUUUCGAGCCGCAGACUCGCGCGCGAUCCAACACGUGGCCGUGUCCGCGACCGGACAGUUUUCCGGACGGUACCGGCGGCGCGGUCGGUCCCGGCGGUGCGCCGAAGGAGCCCGGUUGCGGCGAGUCCGGCAGCACACCACCCCAGCAGCCGUCGUCCUUGCUACCGGUCAAAAAGAACUCGUCCCGCCGGAACGCUUGGGGUAACCUCAGCUACGCCGAUCUCAUCACCCAGGCCAUCACCUCGGCGCCCGACAAGCGGCUAACCCUCUCGCAGAUCUACGAGUGGAUGGUCCAGAACGUGCCCUACUUCAAGGACAAGGGCGACAGCAACAGCAGUGCCGGAUGGAAGAACUCCAUCAGACACAACCUCUCGCUGCACAACAGAUUCAUGCGGGUUCAGAACGAGGGUACGGGAAAGAGCUCCUGGUGGAUGAUCAACCCCGACGCCAAGCCCGGAAAGUCAGCUAGGAGAAGAGCCACGUCGAUGGAGACGUCCAAGUUCGAGAAGCGUCGGGGCCGAGUGAAGAAGAAGGUGGAAGCCCUGAGAAACGGUAGUCUGCAAGCCGACGCGACUCCCAGUCCCAGCAGCAGCGUCAGCGAGGGUCUCGACCUCUUCCCCGACAGUCCUCUCCAUCCGGCGAGCAGUUUCCAGCUGUCCCCCGAUUUCCGACCGAGGGCUUCGAGCAACGCCUCGUCCUGCGGAAGAUUGAGCCCCAUACCGGCGGUUCUCAGCGAGCCCGAGUGGACGCCCAACUACGCGUCCACCUACAGUCCUGAGCAGCUUGCCGGUAGUCUAGCCGAGACGAUGAAGCUCGUGCCGGCGUCCUACCAGAUGUACCAGACGUCUCCGUCGCAGCAGCAGCAGCAGCAGCAGCAGCAGCAGCAACAACAGCAGCAGCAACCCCAGCAACAGCAGAGCCAGACUCAGCCGCAGCAGCAACAGCCGCAGCAGCAGCAGGCGCAGCAGUCGGGCCCACCUCCGUCGUACUUCGAAGCCCAGUACCAGAGGAACAAUGCCCUCAGGUCGACCACGACGCCCUACGGACUGCCGCCCACCCCACAGUCCAGCAGCCAGCAACGAUGUCCGCUACAUCGCCUCCAGCCCUGUGCUUGCACUCAAAUGCAAAAUCUCAGCCUCAACAUGUCGCCGACCUACCAGCAGCCGGAGCCCAGUCCAUCGCUGACAAGCCAGCAGCAGUCGAUCCAGCAGUACCUGCUUCAGCAGCAGCAACAGCAACAGCAGGCUGACCAGUCCCAGACACAAGCGCAACCGCAGACGCUACCUCAGCAGCAGCAGCAGCAGCAGCAGCAGCAAACGCAGCAGACGCCACAGCAGCAGACGACGCAGCAGAGCCAGGUGUCCAGUGGCAACAGUCCACCCGACUCGCCCAUCCCCAGCACGAUGAUGGGUCAGCUCAUGGGCGCGCUGAACAACACCGCCCUCCUCGACGACCUGAACAUCAACAUCGAGACUCUGCACGGCUUCGACUGCGAUAUUGACGAGGUGAUAAAGCACGAGCUGCUGAUAAACGGCACACUCGACAUAAACUUCCAGAACCCGAACGUUCUGCCGAACAUUGGUCUUCCCAACAUCCCCGUGACGGACUCGACGGGGAUCGUCGACCAGCUGGUCGACACGACGACGGCAGCAGUGUCGGCUCACCACCAGGCGACGGCCCAGGCAGCGGCCGCUGCUGCGGUGAGCAACGUCGCGAGCAGCAACGCUGCCAGUGCCGCAGCCGUCUACGCGUCGACGAACGCGGCCACGCCAGCCGCGUCGCCGUCCUGGGUCCACUAGCGCUGGAUACCACUGCCCUCGACGCCGCCGCCCCUGUCGAGCGAGCAGCCAACGUCCCACGACUUUGCCAGACUCAGGCUUGCCGACGAGGGAAGCUGCGAGGAGGCUCGAGGGCUGCGACUUGUGAUAAGAAAUAGGAAUAACCACGACAGAGCGCGACGAUACACGUACUUCAAGGAUGCCAGUCUGCGUUAGUGCGAUUCAAGGUGCAUACAAUACAACUACUAUAGAUACACACACACACACACAUAUAUAUAUAUUUACAUAGGGCAUCGUUGCGAGAAAGUGACAAUUUUCUUCUUAUCCUCCGGCAUGGAGGAUACGUGUAAGCGUGUGUGUAUAUAUAUAUAUAUCACUACUUUUGCGUGUGCUGAUAUACGAGGAUGAUUCGCGACUAUAAGGUGCUCAACGUAAGGUUAAUACGUAGCGUACACAACACUCGGACACGCGCGAAAAAUUCUCUGCUGAUAUGUGUUCUUCUUCUCAACGGGAUAAACAUUGAUUGUGUACAUAUACAUACAUCAUUCAUAGCGUAGCUUUAUGGAUAUAACGAUAUAUAUAUGUAUAUGGGCAAAUAUAAGUGUAGAUGUGUAGAUUACACAAUGAUAAUGCAAAAAGGCGCGAUAACCUCAGGUAGAAGAAACAAAAAAUGAGAGAAAGGAGCUGCUCUAUCGUCGAUACUAAUAUUAAUAAUAAUAGAUAUUAUGUACUGUAAGGCUAUACAUUACAUGUGAUGUAUGUACAACGACGAAUCGAACCUUUGCCAAUUAUUAUACAUUAUAUACAUAAUACAAUAGUCCCCCGUAAGCGCGGCGACAGUAGCAGUCUAUAACGGAGGCGCCCUGCGCGACUCGAGCUUUUUAUAUUAGGAAGAAACACUUUCAUAUACCGUAUACAUGUAUAGCCUUCGCCAUAUUGCGAUGCGACACGAACAAUUAUUUAUUUUUUUCUCUCCUCCCUUUCGUUCUCUUUUUUUAUCAAUAUUUAAUAACAAUGGCCAUUAUCACGCGUGCGUGCAACACAUGUACGCCCACACCUCAACCGUACAGAUAUCCUAGACGAGUUAAACGAGUACCUCUAAUGUAAUAUGAAAAAUUAGCAAUAGCGAGCGAAUGUUUGUUUCUUUUCUUUUUCGUUUUUAAUUUCGAGAACUACGGGUAUUCACGAAUACACACACACACACACACAGACACACAGCCACACGCAAUUGCGAUAAAGUCAAUUUUUACCGAUACAUAUUUAUACAUAAUGGUAGUUAGGUAGGACGUUUCUCCGUCGACACCAGACGAGCGGACAAUCGUGGAAAACAUCAACAAUGCAUUGACGCCUUCUUCCUUUCUUUUCUUUUGUCUCUCCGAUGCAUAUUAUAUAGAUGUAGAUAUACAUGUACGUAAUGACAGAGAGUACAACACCAAUUGUCGAAUUUUCUUUCCUUUCGAGCAUUCCGCCGGCGCUUCUUCAAUCUCGUAUAUUCUCUAAGUUUGAUUUCUCCUACCUUUUUGAUUUCUCAAUCGUUAUAUCGUGCACGCGACGGAGCGAGAGCAGGUAAUUGCGAGUACGUGUAUGCUUAUGCGGACCCUUGGAUAUAAUUGUAAAAACAAAAUUAGCGUGUAAUCAUCGAAAGUAGACUACUACUCACGGCGGUCAGUCGUCUUGUUGUGCCCCUCCCCCUGCGACCCUUAUAUACCGUAUGUUAAGAUACAGACAUAGAAGCAACACAAUAACACAAUGAUGCACACAUACAGCGAUCUCUGUUGUCAGAAAGUAACCUCAUAAAGUGUCAAGUCACGCGUUAAAUACAUACAUAGGCAUAGAAAAAAUAUAUAUUAUAUAUAUUACAUUAAGUAUAAAUAUUAGAUUGUAAGGUACACAUAUUAUAUAUUACUAUGCUGGAGUGCUAAUAUCGAAGAUGAAAAAUCAUGAGUUAUAAGUAUACAUAUUAUUAUUAUUAUUAUACAGAUCGAUUAAACAUAUGCUAUUUUAUUAUUAAAUAUAUUAUCAUUAUUAUUAUUACUAUACUACUGUUGUCACCGUCAUCAUUAUCACCGUUGUCAGCAUCAUUACCAUUAUCAAUUGUUUAUCGCUAGGGAAUAGUUAUAUGUAUAUGUUAAUACUUGAAUUAACCCAUUAUUGCUGAAGUACAUGUACACAUGCUAAGCGACGUGUAAGGUUUAGUACGCCGGGUUUUCCUAUAUAGGUGAGAGUCGAAGGGGAGAAAAAAGUUGUCAAAGCAACUAUAAGUGCGUGUGCGUGAUGCGUAUGUGUCCAAGUGUCGGUGAUGUAAUUUGCGAGUGACACUUUAUCAAACGAAGAAGAGAUGAAACUCGAAAAUAUCCUAGAUAAAUCGCGACGAGUGUGUACUACUAAUGAAGAAGAAUUAUUGGGACAUACCGAAACUGUGCAGUGAUCCAAGGUGAAAUGUUUUCUAUAUCGUUUUCCAACAAUCUUUCGAAGGAACUUUUUUAUUCGACAAUAAGCUAGAGAGAUGAUAGCCUAUAUUAUCUAUGGAAAAUCUCAGACAAACCGAAAAACUCAAAAGUACUAGAUUGAUUAUAUAUAUAUAUUGUAUACAUAUUAUAUAUGGCCGCGAAUGUAGAAAUUGUGUGUUAGUGAAUCAGUGGCGUUGAAAAAUUAUGUACAAUUAUAAUAGAGUUGUUAUGCGCAAAUGAGAGCAGUAAUUUUGUUGAGUUUACUUUUUACAACGAAUGUUUCAGUUAUUUUGGUGGCUAAAAGGCCGUGUCAGCUAAAACAUGCAUUGUUUUGAACGCGAGAUUUUUAUUGUGCGCACACAGCGUUAAUAUUUUAUUAUGCAUAUAUAUAUAAUAUGAAAAAAGAAACGAAAGUGUAUCGUACCUAUUUUUCUUGUGCUUUCAGUUUAUUACGAGAUCUAUUAAGUUUUUGUUUAGUUUCUUGUUGAAUAUAUAAUCGGAGUAGCUUUGUGAAAAGAGUACACAACGUAAUAGACUGAAAUACACAUUUUUUAUCAAAUGAAUAAUAUACACGUCUAAUGGAUAAAGCUUUAGGUAAAAAAAGGAACAGAAAAUCAAAAAACAAGAAAACAGAUAGCGAGAGAGAGAGAGAGAGAGAGCUGAAAGCUCGGGCUCGCUUACGAUUCUCGACGCCAAGCCGAGAGUAUGCAGUGCAAUUAGGUAGUAACCGUCAGUCUAUUUACCGCUUAUCAAGUAAAUGCAAUUGGUAGACAAUCAUGUUAUUAAUCGUACGUAAACCGCUGAAACAAAUCCAAAUACGCGCAGUGUAAGGUAGAUAAAAUAAAAAACAAGCAAAAUGUAAAAGAAAAAUUAUUAAACCUUAGAGUGUUACUACCUAAGGCAGACUAGAGCCGAGAGCUCGGAACAGAGUUUGCGCACAGUAGAUGAAAACUAAACAAAAAAAAAAAAAUAUGUCAAUUGUCGUGGACAAAUACGUUGUAAGCCUAACCGUGUAAAGUAGACGUUUAAACAAAAAGUCGGUGUAAUAAACAAACUAAGAGUAAAAGUAAACAAAAAAAAAACGAUGUAGCGAGAGCUUGUUGCGUGUAGGAACGCCUUUUUUCGAAAUUCCGAAGCGGUUGUAAUUGAAGCGUAUAUAGGUUAAUUAUACAAACGAAAAAAGGGUCUUUUGCGGUCCUCUUCGAUGAAGAAAAAAAAAACACAGACAAAGUACCUCACACGUAUAAUAGUCCUUCCGAUGUAACGAUAAAUAAUGAACAAAAAACGCAUUGUUAUUAAAUGUCUAAGCAAACUUUGGAUUGUCUUCUUACUCAGGAUAACACACCUAUACCACUACUACUACUACUACUACUACUACUACUACUGCGACUACUACGCGCGCGCGUGGCGUAGCCAAUCAUCGAUUGACCAUAGCAAAGCAAAUGGCUGUGAAUGAGAUCCCAACGACUACAUACACACGACGGACGAGGACGAAGAAAAAAAAAAGAAGAACACCUGCACUCACGAAGACGAAGACGGACCGCAAUAGCUGUCGACGCGCACCCUGCAUCGUACACACCCCCACACA